UUAGUGUAAAUAAAUAAGCAAAUCAAAUAAAAACAGAUCAGCAACAUUUUGUAAACGUCAGAAAUAAUUGCAAGCUGUUUUAUUUAUAUGUGUUGCUCAACGCAAAUUAAAUUAAGAAUAAUAUAGAUGGAGCAUACUAUGUACUGUUGGCAGUUAUGGCCAGCGGCUUUCGUGUUGGCUUUGUUGCUGUUGCAAAGUGUUGCGGCUGCGGAGGCUCCCAAAACUACACCAACUACAAUAACAAUAUCAAUGCCCACUGAAAACAAUACAAGGUUGUUAAGAACCGUUAAAAAGGAACUAUCACUAGUCUCCAUAUUGCCAGCGACAAAAGAAGUAAACGUGCCACAGGCAACUGUCCAAUCGGCUACAGAUAAAGUUGUGGUCAUCAGUGAGAAACCACAGAAGCAGGGAACUGUCGACGUUCCAGGUAAAUUGCCCGAAGAGGAGGUGCACAUCGAACGUUCUAGCAAUGAUUUUCCCGAUACGUACGCCGCUGUGUUCUAUAUACUAGUGGGCAUAACAAGCUCUGCAUUAUUGCUGCUGAUCGUACGCAUAUAUCGUUUACGCUUAUCGCGCGCUGAGCGCAAAUACGGCGUACAGGGCGAUCGAGCCAAUCAGGAAUUAACCCCGCUCCCAAUGGCUAUAGAAGAUGUGAACAGCGACGAGGAGGAGGAUCAAACCCUAUUCGAAGUCAAUAGGCAAAGCAUACGCAUAUUAUGAGCCAACAGAAAGAUUCUCAUUUAAAACAGAAAAACACAACAGCUUGCCUUCUCAGUUGCUCAUGCAGUAUAUAUUCUAAUUGUAAUUGUAACGUGUGUUUUUUUAGUGGAUCAUAGUUACUAACAAAAUGCCUAACAGUUAAAAUUUGCCUUAAGAUUUUCUCGUCGCAUUUUUCUCAAAACAAAAAAAAACUAAGAAUAAACAUUUGUGAUACCAAAAGCUAUGUAUGUAA